CAAAUCAGUCAGUGCGACAGAGGCGCUGGAGAGGGAGAAGGCCUGUGAAGCUCCAGCGUCUCCAUGGCAACCGCUAAGGAAACAGCAUGGCGACUGAGGACAAGGAAGCCGCUGCAGCGGAGUCUGCAAUAACUGAAAUCCAUAAGAAGAUCACUGAGGCUUUUGAGGUGUUUGACCAUGAGUGUAAUAAAACUGUGGAUGUCAGGGAGAUUGGUACAAUCAUUAGGUCAUUAGGAUGCUGCCCAAGUGAAGGGGAUCUACAUGAUAUGAUUGCAGAGGUAGAAGAAGAAGAACCAACUGGGUUUAUUCGUUUGGAAAAAUUUCUUCCCAUGAUGACUAGAGUAUUGACAGAAAGAAGGUACCGCCCAAUUCCAGAAGAUAUUCUUUUACGUGCAUUUGAGGUUUUAGACCAGAAUAAAUGUGGACAUCUUACUAAAGAUGAGCUGGUCAAGUACAUGACUGAAGAAGGUGAGCCUUUCACUCAAGAAGAAAUGGAGGAAAUGCUGUCUGCUGCUGUGGAUCCAGAAACAAAUAAUGUUCGCUACAAAGACUACAUCUCAAUGAUGGUUGUGGAUGAAAACUAAGGACUUCUUGUGUAACUCAUAUAGGUCUGAACCUUUUGCUUGGUGCUUGUUGAUUAACAUCAUUGGAGUUGUUCUGUGUUUGCCAUGAGAUUGCAGCAGAGGCUUAUGUUGAAAUAAUUCAUCUAUGAAAAUAUUAUCCUUUUAUAUACUUAGUAAAAUACAGAAGUUGUAAAAAGAUAGUUUUCAAAUGUUGAUCAGUUUGGAUAAGAAAAUAAGAAAACUUCAGAUUAUGCAGAGGAAGCACGAACCACUGGGUCCAGCAGGAUUUAUUCCCAGGUAACUAAGUAUAGGAUCCCAGCCAAAAACUACACUAUGAAAUAUUGUCAUUAUUAUUUAUUGAAUUCAUAUACCGUCCUAUACCCAGAGGUGUCAGGGCGGUUCAUAGAAAACACAUACGUACUAGGGAGGAAGUCCCAUGAAACAUAGCAAAACUCACUUCCAAGUAAACAUGCAUAGGUUACAGAACAAAACAAUGAGGGGCAACAUAUUAUUAUUAUUAUUAUUAUUAUUAUUAUUAUUAUUUGCAUUAUUAGUCUUUUAAAAAUGAAAAAUAGAAAUAAUUUCAUGAAUUAAUUCAGAUGUAGACAAAACUAGGAAGAGUUGUGCUUCAAGUAAAUAAGUUAUGAUAUAACUAACAUUUUGAAGGCAAAACUAUUAGAGAUCAGUUCAUAUUUAACAUUGAUCCUU